CGUGUUUAUUUUUUGUGAUCGUUGAGCCUGUUUCCGUGUGGGAGAAGCGUGCCUGAGCUCGGCCAUAUGGUGGACAACGUGUACCGGACCCGAUCGCUCGGGGUGGCAGCGGUGGGCUUGCCGGACCAGUACGCGGACGGCAGAGCGGCCAGAGUCUGGCAGCUGUAUAUCGGCGAUAGAAGGAGCCGCACAGACGAAUACCGCAGCGCUGUGGUCCAACUGCUCCGACAGCAUCAGUGUCAGCGGGUCCUGGACGUGGCAUGUGGCACCGGAGUGGAUUCCAUAAUGUUAUUGGAAGAAGGCUUCAGCAUGAUGAGUGCAGAUGCCAGUGACAAAAUGCUGAAAUAUGCAUUAAAAGAGAGAUGGAACCGACGGAAAGAAGAGGCGUUUGAUAAAUGGGUGAUCGAAGAAGCUAAUUGGUUGACAUUACCCAAUGACAUCCAGAAGCCAGGUGAUGGAUUCGAUGCUGUCAUUUGUUUAGGAAAUUCAUUCGCGCACUUACCAGACUUCAAAGGUGACCAGAGUGACCAGAAGCUGGCCCUAAGAAAUAUUGCCAGCAUGGUGAAACCAGGUGGGAUUUUAAUCAUUGACCACAGGAACUAUGAUGCCAUCUUAGAAACUGGCGAAGCACCAAAAGGCAAAAAUAUUUAUUACAAGAGUGACCUCACCAGGGAUAUAAAUACUUCUGUGCUGUAUGUAAACAACAAACCUCACAUGGUGACAUUGGAUUAUACUGUUCAGGUUCCAAACAAGGACAGCGAUGAACAACCAGAUGUGAGCACCUUCCGCCUAUCGUACUAUCCUCACCGCGUGGAUGCCUUCACAGAGCUGCUGAAGAAUGCUUUCCAGGGGAAAUGUCAGCACAACCUGUACGGUGACUUCAAACCCUACAAGACAGACCAGGGUUACGUUCCGUGCUAUUUCAUCCAUGUUGUGAAGAAGACUGGCUGAACACUGUUUCUCCAGAAAGCUCAAGACUUUGACACUGGGGCUGAUAGGGUUAGGCGAUAUGUAAUUACAGAACAACAAGAACAAUGAGAAAAAGGAAAUGCAUGGAGGGAAAGAGUAAGAUUGAAAACAGGAGCGGGAGGUAGAAAACAUUAUUGUUAGCAGAGUGUAGGUUCAUGUCUACUAAUUAGCAACUGGUGUGGAUCACAGAUGGGAAGGAUAACCACUAUAAUUAUAUUGUAAUUUGUAAAAGCGUGACUGAAUGUGUCAACUGUUGUCCCUGUAUUAGACCCAGACCCAGACUCAAAGUUGUCAAUAUUGACCAAAUGUUAGGAGUGACAUUCAUGUAGACCAAAAGGGCCCCUGUCUCCUGAAAGUGGCAUGCAGCACAUCGGUGGUCACCAUAAGCCUCUAAAGCCCCUGGCACUGUGUCCAGGACCAUUAAUCUGAAAUCAGAAAGCCAAGGCAGACACGCACACAUCCAUUGAGCCCAGUGAGAUCAGCCUGUUUAACAAAGGGGCUCCUAUGUUUUAAAUGAUUAAAGCAGCACCUAAUGAGAGCACCACAGCAAUCCUGUGGCUCCGCUUUUGUCGUCCUGUGAGUCGAAGGAAAAGAUUCAAGACACUGGCUAUUCACGACCUGAAAACCUCACCCUUGUGCCCCAGGCCACUUCAGAAAAGCAAACGCACUAUUCCUAAAUGAGGGGAGCUCUUUUGAAGGUGCUGCUUGAUUGGCUGUUGUGAGAAGAAGAAAUAUACUCAGCCAUAAAGUUUACCAACUCGUAUUGUAGAAGAGAUACAGAUGAGUAAAAACCCAGUGCCCCAUCUUCGUUCGUCCAUCCAGAAAACAAUCUUAUGCAUCACCCAUUCAACUGCUUCUUAGACAGUUCCUGGGAAUUUUAUCCUAAGUAUCUCAUCUGAUAAUUCACUCCUAAAUGUUACUGGCUGUUUAUGUCAUAAAUUUCAUGACUUCAAUGUUAGUUUAUCACUUAUUCCCCAAUCACUACCUCAAAUGUUUCUAAAGUUAUUCCUUUUCCAGCAAAGAAGCCAAGGUUUCUGUUGGAUUUCACGGAAUCCCUAUGCAGAAAGAACCCAUUUGGUCCAAUGAGGCUGUACCAAUCCUCUGAAGAGUAUCCACCCAGACCCCAACCCCACAUUCCCCCUGGCUAAUCCACCCAGCUGGUACAUCCCUGGACAUUGUGGGGCAAUUCACCAUGGCCAAUGCACUUAACCUGCCUAUCUUUGGACUGUGGAAGGAAAACAGAGCACCUGGAGGAAACCCACGCGGACACAGGGAGAAUGUGCAAACUCCACACAGACAGUCACCUGAGGGUGGAAUCAAACCUGGGUCCCUGGCACUGUGAAGCAGCAGCUCUAACCACUGAGCAACUGUGCUGCCUGGAUUUACUUAUAACUCAGCCUGUUUUCCCUAGGGAUCAAACUUGAAAGUAUCCUUGGAUUAAAACCCUCCUCCGUUUAGCUUUGCGAUUAAGACAGUGCUUAAGGUUUGGCAUGGUCACCACAGAGAGACACAGUGCAGCGUGACAACUUCCAGUUGAUUGUAUGGGUUUGGCUGACCUGUCGACAGUAACUUUUCUGCACCUUUCCUAUCUUAGGGGAAGGUUUGAAAAUGUAAGAUUGCGAAGGCUUGCAGAGUCAAAUGAGAAUACGCACUUUUUAAGCUGUUGACCAUGAUUAUUAUUAAUAUUAUUACUGUUUGUUGUUAUCAAAAUAUACAAUGACACCUCUCAGGCAUAUACUCUAACCUGAUUCAUUGUUCACAAGUGAGUAUAUUUGCUGCAUAUAUCGGAGUUCUUGUUUCUGAAUAUAGUUAACACAAGCUGUG